AUGCAUCCGUUCAAUGCCAUAGCCGAUACCUUCGACGUGACUCCAGUACGAUCUCGACCUGUUCUCGCACCGCGAGUACCAGCCGUCACAGCACUCGCCGCAGAGAGAAGAGCCCCCAAUCGACGCAAGAAGCUCAAAUGGCGGACGCGCGAUUCCCAGGCUUCGCAGCUCUACAACUUGGAGCUGGACGUCAUGCAUCUUCAACAGGAGAUCCAACGCUUGGCAGAGUAUCAGCAAAUUCUCGACGCCCGCACUUUCAAUCGUCGUGAUGCGCUGGAUGGCUACUACGUCAAGACAGUGCAAGAGUACCACCGUGUAUUUGAGAACGGCUAUCGUCCAGGCACCCCGCUUGAUGCGACUCAGUACGUUAUGCAAACUAUGGACGAGAACCUGAGUAUCGGUGGGUUCAGCGGACGUGGCGUGAUGCUGCAUCAGUGGGAACAAUACACAAAGGCGCUCUCCGGCCUCGAAUUUCACUACCUGCGCUCUCAAGUCCUCUCGAUGGAAGGGCACACGGUCGUCACGUCCUAUGCCAGCUACAAACACAUCGUAACACGAGACACGGUGGAGGUCAUGUUUCCUGAAGCACUACGACAAUAUCCACGCAUUGUGACGAAGAUGUUGGGGCGUGUGUUCAAAGGCGUCGGCAAGUUUGACUUCGUCUUUGACACGCAGACGCACAACAUUAUCUCGUUUGACUUCGAACUAGACUUCCUCGAAGAGUUUUCUCGUUUGCUUCAGGACCCGCGCGAUCUUUGUGCCAUUUUCAAAGGAGCAAGGAUCACCGAUGAAUGUCUGAUUGGGGACGUUAUCGGCUACGGGGAGGUCACGUCGAGUCCAAACGCUGGAGCAUCGUGUCAUGAAGUGGAAGUCUUUUUUGUGGGUCACGCGCGUUUUCCCUUGCAGAAAUCAGAGACGAAUUCCAACGAUUCCGUCCAAGUUGAGAAAAGGAGAGUCCAGAAGAUUGCGCCAAAGUAUUUGUAUUUGGCAUCCACAAUAUCUCGCCCGACACCACUGAACACGAACAUUUCGGUCUCCGAAACCUUUGGCGUAACACCAGUACGGUAUCGACCCGUGCUAGCUCCGCGUGUUCCUGCCGUCGCAGCACUCGCCGCUGCGAGAAGAGCUCCCGAUCAACGCAAAAAGCUCAAGUGGCGGACGCGAGAUUCUCAAGCCUCGCAGCUUUAUAACCUGGAGCUGGACGUCAUGGAUCUUCGACAGGAAAUCCAACGACUGACUGAAUACCAGCAAAUACUUAGUGCGCGGACUUUCAAUCGUCGGGAUGCACUGGAUGGCUAUUACGUCAAGACACGUAAAGUGAUGCUGCAUCAAUGGGAGCAGUACACGAAAGCUCUUUCGGAGCUCGAAUUUCACUACUUGCGGUCUCAAGUAGUUUCAGCGGAAGGACGGACGAUUGUGACGUCCUACGCGAGUUAUAGACACGUGGUAACGCGAGACAUCUUGGAAGUCAUGUUCUCUAACCUGCUGGGGCGUGUGUGCAAUGGUGCUGGGAGGAUCGACUUCACCUUCGACACGCAGAGUCACUACGUCGUUUCGUUCGACUUUGAAGUAGACUUUCUCGAGGUGUUUGCACGAUUACUUUGGGAUUCGCGCGAGUUAUGCGGAGCAAGGAUUUCCGAGGAGUGUCUGAUUGGUGACGUGGCGUGUUACAAAGAAAUUAUGCCGCUUCAAGAUAGCGAAAGAGCUGAAGCUGCGACAGCGAAUAGUCCUAAGUGGAAGCUGGAGUCCCGUUUCGAUAUAGGUUUAGAGGACAAGACGUCGCGGAACUACAGCAAUGGAGAGCUCCGACAGCCUUCAUUAACCAGGACGGGCAAGCGCAAGCAAAUCUGGGAGUAA